AUGAAAUAUUUUUAUUCUACUUCUUAUCAAAAUUCUGAGGUUUUACGACAUAUUCGUAAACAAUAUACUUUUCGAAAUGGAAUAACAGGUGCCUUAUUAUUUGUCUUUAUUGGAUCCGUAUAUUUUUAUUCUAUUUAUGCCGUUAAGCAGGAUGAUUUAAGUGAUGUAUUGCCAUCUAAAGAUUAA